AAGAAAAUGUCGAAGAGUUCUUCAAGAAGCUUCUGACAAGGCAAAAAAUAGGGAGCCUAAUAAUCGCUGUUCUUUAAGAGGGCAUGGUGGUGAGGGAGAAAGUGCACACUGGCUGUGGCCAGGCGGGCCUCGAUCUGGGGCCAGACUUGGGGAACCUCGGGUAGCAUCCGGGCUCCAGCUUGACCGCUGUGCGUGUUUCCUCAGGUUACUUCCUCAAGUACAGAGUGAGAGUAACGUCUAACUCGUGACAAGUGUUGCGAAGGUUCAAACACCUGAGGCAGGGCCCCCAGCUCGGGGCAAGCGCUCACUAGGGUCUGCGCUUUCGGGAGAUGGGUGGAGUGGAGAAUAGAAACUCAAGGGCGCUCCCAAGACUCGCGUCAUCCUCCACAUCGGCUGACAUAAAAACUCCACCAGAGCCCGGAGAUCACUUUUAGUUUCUCUUUCCGAAGAAGCGUCGCUGUGCCCGGCUGCAGCACCUCACCGUAGCGGAACCGUGAACCGAGCGAACAGGAGGCAUCGGAGGAGUUGCCGCGGACGCCGGGAGAUCUGCACUCGCUGUCCGUUUUUCUCUCCAUUUGCUCGCCGCCGCGGUGGACUUUAAAUCUGACACAGGGACCGGGUCGGUGCGAUCCGGCUUCUCCACGCAGAGUCUAGGGGGAAACCGAAACCGCUGGGCUCAGCUAACGGCGGGGGAAAGCGCGCGCUCGCUGGCUGGGGCGCGCCCAGCCCGAGCGCCGCCCGCGCCCGCCCCCGGGACUCUGGUAAGUUUCGAUUCUUCCGGGCGGAGUCCCGCACGGCGGCCCGGCCAGCGCAGCGCGCCAUGGCGGACCCGGAGGUGUGGUGCUUCAUCACCAAAAUCCUGUGCGCCCAUGGGGGCCGCAUGGCCCUGGACGCUCUGCUCCAGGAGAUCGUGCUACCCGAGGCGCAGCUCUGCGAGGUGCUGGAGGCGGCCGGGCCCGACCGCUUCGUGGUGUUGGAGACCGGCGGCAGGGCCGGCGUCACCCGCUCGGUGGUGGCCACCACUCGAGUCCGGAUCUGCCGUCGCAAGUUCUGCCAGAGACCCUGCGAAAACCUGCACCUGUGCAAGCUCAACCUGCUGGGCCGGUGCCACUAUUCGCAGUCGGAGCGGAAUUUGUGCAAAUACUCCCAUGAGGUUCUCUCAGAAGAGAACUUCAAAAUCCUGAAAAAUCAUGAACUGUCUGGACUGAACAAAGAGGAAUUAACUGUGCUCCUCAUCCAAAGUGACCCUUUUUUUUUGCCGGAGAUAUGCAAAAGUUAUAAGGGAGAGGGUCGGAGACAGAUCUGUAAACAACAGCCACCAUGUGAAAGGCUCCACAUCUGUGAACACUUUACCCGAGGGAAUUGUAGUUAUGCCAACUGCCUCCGGUCCCAUAACCUGAUGGACAGAAAAGUGCUGGCCGUCAUGAGGGAACAUGGACUGAACCCGGACGUGGUCCAGAACAUCCAGGACAUCUGCAACAGCAAGCACUGCCAGAAGAAACCCUCUGGAUGGAAAGCUCCUUCUUCGCAUCGUAGAGACACGGCAUACAGAGGUAGAAGCAAGAGUAGAGACCGGUUAUUGCAGGGCAGUAUGGAAUUUCUAUCAUCUGCUUUAGCUUCUACUCAGAGGUCCUGCACGCCCAGUCCAGACCAGACGGGCCCCAGGUCUCCCCCGGAUGAAGGGCCUGUGGAGGAUCUCGCCCACAGGUUCAUGCAUUUGGGCAGUCAGAGUCGCCCUCAGCCUUCCUUAGUCUUGUCUAUGCCGGCCAGUCUUAAAGGAACAGAUCAAGUGGGAGGAAGCCAACGGUUUUCAGAGAAUGGCUCCCCCAAGGGUCCCUCUUAUGGAAACAAAGGCAGCGCUUACCUUACUUCUGAGUCAGCACCAGCUUCCAGCUGGAAGGGCCCCGCCUCCUGGCUGAAUGACCAAGGUACUGGUAGCGAGAGUUUGUUUUCUCCAAGCCAGACUGCCUCCUGCCCUCCUCGGGGUUCUCCACAAACACCUGAAGUUGUAGCUACCAGGAAGAGUGUAGGCAGGCUCUCCUCGGAUGGCAUGAACACCGAGGGCAGAAGUGGGGAUCAAGAUGUACGGCAUUUCCAGCUUUUUAAUAGUAAUGUUGAUGGAAUGGCCACGGAUAUAACUUCGCUGAGAUCAUUAAAUUAUAAAACUACAGCCAGUAGACAAAGAGAAAAAUUGUUACCCGUGAAUCAGGACACCAGAACCGUGCACAGUAAUCUCCAGACAACUGGCAAAGUUACAGAUGACAAUGAUCCAGGAGCGGCAUUUGUUAACGGUAAACACAGAGAGAAGACAUUCCAGGCUGGUAAAUCUGUCCACAGUGUGCCAGAUCCCGUAUCUGAUGUUGCAAGUACCACAUCUUCCAGCAUGGACAGUCAUGGCUCAGAGGAAAUUUGUCUUGACCAUCUGUAUAAGGGUUGCCACCUUAAAACCUGCAGCAAAGUUCACUUCCACCUACCCUACCGGUGGCAGAUGUUUACUGCAAAGACCUGGGUGGACCUCCAGCCCAUGGAGAAUAUUGAGAGGGCCUAUUGUGACCCCAAAAACUGCCUUGUUUCUAUCGGAAAUCUUAGAAUCGAUUUCCAGAGAAUGACUUGUAAUUUUAAUUGUAUUCGACGUCUCUCCACACCUUCAUGUGUCACCUUCCCGACCACUUCUGCCUUCACCACGAAGUGGAUUUGGUAUUGGAGGAGUGAAUCUGACACUUGGGUUCCAUAUGGAGAGAAGAAAGACAACCAGCAAGUUUCGAACAUCGACUCUUCAUACCUGGAGUCUGUCUUUCUGUACUGUCCGAGGGGAGUUGUGCCUUUUCAGGCAGGUUCACAGAACUAUGAGCUCAGUUUCCAAGGGAUGAUUCAGACUAACGUAGUUUCCAAGGCGCAGAAGGAUGUCGUCAGAAGGCCGGCAUUUGUGUCUCACUGGAAUGUGGAGCAGAGUAGGAGUGGAGCAAACCAUCAGCCGACGCAGACCCAGCCUGCAACGUCGGCAGUUCUUCCUCAGCAGAACUGUGGGUUCUCAUCCUCGAAAGGAUAUGAGUUGGUAGAUAUCAAUAACCAGUGUCUGGAAUAUGUCAAAAUAAGUGAGCGUUUUAAAGCCUCCAUGAAAAAUUUCAAGAUUGAAAAGAUAAAGAAGAUCCAGAACACAAAGCUCUUGGAUAAUUUUGAAAGGAAAAGAAUGAAGAUGAACAAAAGACGCGAAGAAAUCCUGUUUUGUGCAACCAACCGUGUCCACAUGGAGUCUAUCUGUGUGAAUAAUUUUGAUUGGAUCUUACAUGGAGUGAAGGAAACCAGAUAUGGACAAGGAAAUUACUUCACAAAAGAUGCCAUCUGUUCCCAUAAAAAUUGCCUGUGUGAUCCUAAAAACAUCAUUAUGUUUGUAGCCCGAGUCCUGGUAGGAGAUUUUGUUGAAGGAAAUAAGGAUUAUAGGAGCCCUCCUAUACCAUAUGACAGCUGUGUGGAUACAAGGCUGAAUCCCUCCAUUUUUGUCAUCUUUCAGAAAGAUCAGAUUUACCCAGAAUAUAUGAUUGAAUAUACUGAAACAGACAAACCCUGCGUAAUUAGUUAGAAAUGAUGAAUACGGUGUCAUAAAAGAUGCGAUAGCCAUUCUGUUUACUUUUAGGACUGGAUUCCCCCAGAUAAUAACACUUGUACAUUUCCUCGCCUAAUCAUCAAAUGUUGUAGAUCAAUGGUUCCCAAAUUUUGCUGCACAUUUAAAUCAUCUGAGAAGCUUUAAAAAAACUCCAUUGCCCAGAUUGUACCCCAUUCCAUUUACAUCACUAUUCCUAGGUGUAAGAGCCAGGCAGUGGUAUUUUUUGAAGGUAUUUAAAAAAUUCCCUGAGGAUUCAAAUAUGUUACAAAGUUUGGGAACCGCUUGUCUUAGAGAUAACUAGUCAAGACUAAUUCCUAAAACUUCCUUUCUCUCCUCAGUACUCUUAGUUUACUGUAUGGCCUGGUUUUGUUUUGGUUAAAUUGAAAGAAAAUGAAUUUGGGAAAUUUGAGAGAAAUUUUAAGAUGCCUGUUGAAAUAAGGACACAAGAUAGUACACCCUGGGAUGGGAGAUUGUGAAAAGUUAGGGGGACAAUGCUUAGGAAUGUAGUGGGGAAAAUAUAAAGGCAACUUAAUGAGAUCACGUAACCGCCGUACUAUACCUUCGUGGCGAAACUGAUUUGGAGCAUACGUUUCUUUAUCUCUACGUUUAUUUAGGGAACUCCAUCCAGGUUGACUCUUUCUGGAAUGCAAUAUGAGCUGCCAAGUGUGGCUCAGAGAGAAGCAACCAUCUGGAGUUAACUGCGCAUUUGGGUUCUCCAUAUAAUUAUGGCAAAGUAAGACAUUUAUAUUUCAUCACUAUGAUUACAGAGAAGGUUUUUUCCUCCAGGUCGGACUUCAUGAAGUGUCUGUAUCUUGGGGGUAGUAUGGAGUUGCAGUAACCAGAUUCACAUAAGCAUGACUGAUAAACCCGAGUGCUGCUGUAGUUGUUUGCUGCAGCAGAUGAGGCUCACCAAGGAAUUAGAAGCAAAACUAUCGCCGUUGAAGGCUGGGCCCCUAAGGAGGCGAGAUCUGUUCCCUCCUGAGCACAGAGUAAAAACGAAGAGAACUCUGCCUCCAACAGGCCAUGCACCUAGAAGGGACUUAUUUUUCUAAAUAUAAUAGGUUGUGUGGAACUGUAGUACAGUCAGUUUUUAGAGCAGCUGAGGUUCCUGGACCAAGAGUUCCUUCCUUACUGUGAAUCAGAUUUUUCCUUCCAAUUUCCUUUUCACCAUUCCAUACCAGUCACCAAUUUCCUGUUAUAGUUCUUUCCAGUAGACAUGUUACAAAAAGUAAUUAGAAUUAGAGUUGAUUUUAUAUUAGUCAGAUUGUAGAUCAGUACAAAAAACUCCACAACCCCUUGGUGUAAGGGCUCCAUCAGUAACAAAUUAUAGUGAUUUUUUAGGGUAGUGUUAGUUUCUGGGAGGCUUACCACCAAUACUGUCAUUCACUUAUUUUUUUCAAGGCAGCUUCCAUUGUGGAGUUUUCUUUUCUUGAUCUUGACCCUCACAUUACAGAGAUACAAUUUAUCCAGCUUUAUCCGCCUGCCCGUUUGACAACUCUAGUUGGACAUUUCACGGGCAUCUCUAAUUCAACAUAUCCAGAAUGGAAUUCCCAGUCUGCCUGCCUCAAAUCAGUCCCUCCCCAGUAUUUUGUAUAGAGAAGUAAGUGGUAUGACCAUCCACACAUCUGCUCCAGCAGAAAUCCAGAAGGCAUUCUUGCCUCCUUUCUCUCCCUCCCCCUGCACACCUAACCUGGCCCCAAGUCCAAUUUUCUCUUGUAAAAAAAUCUUUGUCCCCUUCUAAGCUGUUCUUUACUUGGCAGCAAGAAUGGUCAUAUUUUUAAUUUUUUUACUUAAUAAUAACCUUUCAAAACGCAACUCUAAUCAUGCUUUAUAGUAAAGUUGAAAGUCAUUAUCGUGGCCGCACAUGAUCUUGUCCUUCCCUGCCUUCUGUCAUUUAUUUCCUUCCACAGAAGCCUCUUGGGCCUUCUUUCAGUCUUUGGUACCCCUUUGCACUUAGCUCAGUGGUUCUCAGUCAGCACUUCUGCGUUUUAUAUAUCUGUUUUUAAUGAUAAUUAUUUUGUAACAUCCCCUUUAUUAUACUCAAAAUUCAAUUCAGUGGUAAUUUACCUACACACAGUCUUAGAAAUAAAUUAAAAAUUAAAUAUAAUUAAUAUUAACAUAAAAGGGAAAUAGAAAAUUUGUAACUUGGGCAUAACUAUUCUAGAAGACCUAAUUAAGUAGUCAAUUAUACCUACUUGGAAUGAAUAAAUUUGAACUUAAAAGAAGGUAGGAGAUCAGAAGCUAUUUUGUACAAAGACAUAUGGGAAAAUAAAAAAGCGGGGAUACAAGCGGACCUUAGAAUAAAAACUAGUGAUAAAAUGACUUAUUUGCAUAUGAUAAUACUUCUAUAAGGGAAAAAAAUGAAAUAGGUUUAACUGAAAUAAAGAUACUGUGCAAGAAAAUCUACAGAUUGUCGAAAUGGAGAAAAUUGAGGAAAUACUAUAUUUUUGCAGACGAGUUAUAGGUCAUACAUGAAUGUCUAGUGAGACAUUCAAAAUUCGUAUAGGGUGCAGAAUAAUUCCUUAUUGUGAGGAACUGUCCAGCAUAUUGCAGGAUGUUCUGCAUACCUGGCUCUCACAUACUAAAUGCUAGUAGCACCCUUCCCUCCCCCCACUUAUGGUGGCAGCCACAACCCCUAGCAGAUCUAGUCACCCUUUCUGAACUCAGCAUUUUGUAGCAUCCUCUUUGCUGUCCUGAGAUGAUAGGUAACACAAUCUACUUACGCUUACGAGUUUCUUUAAAAGUCAAUUUAAUGCCCUAACUCUAUUACGGUGCAGAAUCAGAAGGAAAGAAAUUUGUAAUGAAAAUAAAAUGAAUGUCUAUAUAGAUACUCAGGCAUGACUAUGCUGUAUGACAUCAUGAAAUAGAUAUUUCCUCCUACUUAUGGUGAAUAGGCUUGGAUUUAAGAGUUGAUCAGAAGCUCCUUCCUGUAAGGUACAGUAAAAUGAAAGAUUAGAAGUUUGGGUGACAUAGAAUGAAAACCAGUACUUGGGUAAGUCAUGACAGACCAUAUACCUUCUCUGUAUAUGGUUAAGGGACAGAGCGAAAACUACCUUAAUUAAAGUAAGGAUAAUAGGACAAAUUACAGAUUGUCUAAGAGGAAAAAAGGAAUUAUAUUCUCUGACAAGCUGUAGGUCCUACAUAAAUGUCCAGCAGGACAUUAGAAUGCCGUAUAGUGUACAAUAUUUCUUCGUUGUAUGGGCUCAACCCAUACACUGCAGGACAUCUGUUGUCCCUACCUGCGUCCACUUGAUGCCAGUAAUAUCUCCACUUAUUAUGUAAACUACAAUCCAUCAAUUUCCAAAAUACCAGUGUGAACCACUGACUUUGUUAAUAUCUAAUAACCUUAAGAUUACCUGACUUUUACCUCCAUUAAGUAUGGAGACCUGCAGAUUAGAUCAGAUACUUUCCCCACAACUCAGUUUUAAAAUUCUUUGAGCCUGACUUUUGUUCAUUUUUAGCCUCUAUCCAACUUCAAGUUGUCUGCUUUCUGCAUUAGAAUAUAAGCUCUUUGAGCAUUGAAUCAACCUGUCUCAACACUGGGCUACAACUGAUACUUAACUGAAUACGCUAAUGCUAAUAUGUUGGAAAAAUUUUGUUGAAUAAAGUAAGCUUAACUAUUUGUAUUUCAGUAGUUGGGUUGUAUUGCUUUUUAUUCUUGAAGCUUAAUUUGAGACCAUCUAAUAAAAUGAAAUAAAUAAUAA